AUUUCAUGUGGAAUUUACAAUUGCUUUCACACUUUCAUAUAUGUUUUUCUUUUCUUUUUCCCUUUGCUUAAACUUCAUUAAACUCUUCACUUUUUACAACCUCAACUUGUUUUGUUUUGUUCCUUUUCUCUCUUUACCUGUUCUUGCUUCUUCUCUGGUCUUCAGCUAACUCUGUCUUCAUGGGUUGUUGCUUUAGUGCCAGAAUCAAAGCUGAAAGCCCUCCACGCAAUGGUUCGAGUUCGAAGGAUAGUGGCAAAGAAAAUGGCUUGAGUGGGCAGAGCAGCGGCAAGGCCUCUGCUCCGCCUACUGCGCCUCCGACUCCGCGGACUCCGCGGACGCAGGGCGAGAUCUUGAAGUCUUCUAAUAUGAAGAGCUUCAGUUUAAGUGAACUGAAAACUGCUACGAGAAACUUUCGUCCUGAUAGUGUGGUUGGUGAAGGUGGAUUUGGAGCUGUAUUCAAGGGUUGGAUUGAUGAGCAAUCGCUUACACCGGUUAGACCGGGGACUGGAGUUGUCAUUGCGGUCAAGAGGCUUAAUCAAGAAGGUUUGCAAGGACAUAGUGAAUGGUUGACAGAAAUCAAUUACUUGGGUCAGCUGCAUCAUCCUAAUCUUGUGAAACUCAUUGGUUACUGCCUCGAGGACGAACAUCGGCUUUUGGUUUACGAGUUUUUGACUAAAGGAAGUUUGGAUAAUCAUUUAUUUAGAAGAGCUUCUUACUUUCAACCGCUUUCUUGGACGAUCCGAAUGAAGGUUGCUCUUGAUGCUGCUAAGGGUCUUGCAUAUCUUCACAGCGACGAAGCAAAAGUGAUAUACCGAGACUUUAAAACUGCAAAUAUAUUGCUCGACUCGUCUUAUAAUGCAAAACUUUCCGAUUUCGGUCUGGCAAAGGACGGUCCCGCAGGUGAUAAGAGUCAUGUCUCUACAAGGGUGAUGGGCACAUAUGGCUAUGCCGCUCCCGAAUAUAUGGCCACAGGACAUUUGACCAAAAAGAGUGAUGUAUACAGCUUCGGCGUAGUACUCCUUGAAAUCAUGUCAGGCAAACGUGCACUUGACAACAACAGGCCAUCUGGGGAACACAAUUUAAUCGAAUGGGCCAAACCUUACCUCAACAGCAAACGACGAAUCUUCCAAGUUAUGGACGCUCGCAUCGAAGGCCAAUACACGGUGCGUCAAGCAAUGAAAGUAGCCAACCUCGCUAUUCAAUGCCUAUCCGUUGAACCAAGGUUCAGACCGAAAAUGGACGAGGUUGUUAUAGCAUUAGAGGAACUUCAGGGUUCCUCUGAUGUUACGGCCGGAGAAGCGGGAACCUCUCGAGAUCAUCAAAAUGUUAGAAGGAGUGGUCAUAGCUCAAGGAGCAAUGGUCCUAGACAACAUAGAAGUAGUAAACAAAGUGAGACAAUAAUCAGGGAAAAAUGAAUGAUGUAGUUAGUUAUAUGCUUCUGGUUUGGAGUUGCAUAUUUGUAUAUCAGUGGUGAAUGAACUUGAGUAUGUGUUUUGAGAUGUCUGUGAUUGUUGUACAGAUUUUUGAUUCAGUUAAAUUUAUUGAAAUUUUCAUUUCUUCA